AUGAGCGAAUUGGAAUCAUUGAGACAAGAAGCUGAACAGCUAAAAAGCCAAAUUAGGGAUGCAAGGAAAGCAAUGGCUGACACAUCAUUGGCCCAGAUAGCUGCUAACAUUGAGCCAGUUGGAAGAAUUCAAAUGAGGACCAGACGUACAUUGAGAGGUCACCUUGCUAAAAUUUAUGCCAUGCACUGGGCAUCCGAUUCCAGGAACUUGGUCUCAGCGUCACAAGAUGGCAAACUAAUUGUCUGGGAUGGAUUUACUACCAAUAAAAUGCAUGCCAUUCCACUGAGGUCAAGCUGGGUCAUGACCUGUGCUUAUGCCCCCUCCGGUAAUUAUGUGGCCUGCGGGGGACUGGAUAACAUUUGUUCUAUUUAUAGCUUAAAAACUAGGGAAGGUAAUGUAAGAGUGAGUAGGGAGCUGUCUGGACACAAUGGGUACCUCUCCUGCUGUAGAUUCCUUGAUGAUAAUCAAAUUGUUACUAGUUCUGGGGACAUGACUUGCGCCCUCUGGGACAUAGAGACAGGUCAGCAGACGACCUCAUUCAAUGGCCACACUGGUGACGUCAUGAGUUUGUCAGUCUCUCCCGAGAUGAGAGCGUUCGUGUCUGGUGCCUGUGAUGCUUCUGCUAAGUUGUGGGAUAUCAGGGAUGGGAUGUGCAGACACACAUUCACGGGGCAUGAAUCUGACAUCAAUGCCAUAACUUUUUUCCCCAGUGGUCAGGCCUUCACGACUGGUUCGGACGAUGCCACGUGUCGUUUGUUUGAUGUUCGCGCUGAUCAAGAGAUAGGCAUGUUUGCGAAUGACAACAUCAUCUGCGGCAUAACUUCGGUCGCAUUCUCCAAAAGUGGUAGGCUCCUGUUCGCCGGCUACGACGACUUCAACUGCAACGUCUGGGACUCCCUCAAACAGGAGCGGGCAGGAGUUUUGGCAGGUCAUGACAAUCGUGUCAGCUGUUUGGGUGUCACGGAGGAUGGCAUGGCCAUUGCUACUGGCUCAUGGGACAGCUUCCUCAAAAUCUGGAACUAA